AUGGAAACAACCGUCACCAGGGACCUUGACGACAAAUGCCUCGAUUCCUUUCAAGAGAAAGACAAACGCGCUCACAGCAGCAUGCCCUGGCAGGCGCAAGUCUGUACGUUCUGCGAAAAGCAAUAUGUACACAAGAGAGGCCUCCGUGACCACCUGCAUCGAUACACCGGGGAAGUGCGAAUACCCGCCGAUGGAAUCCAUGACGUCUUGAAGAUUGAAAGGAUUCUCGAUCCUGAUGCAAGAAACCAGUGCCAGUAUCGAUGCCCAGUUUGCUCUAAGAUCAUCAACCUGCGACGGCAAUUCAUUGAACAUGUUAUUUACGCAAGGCACGACAAUGUUUCAGAUGGUGAUUCCCAACAAGGCACCAAGAGACGACGCCGGAAUCGAGAAUGGCCAUUUCGAUUUGAAGAGGAAACGGUUAAAGUCUGGCAACGGAAAGGAACCUUUCCUUUUCUUCGACUUCCUUUCGAACUUCGAUACAUGAUAUACAAGUUCGUUCUCUGCUUUGGUAAUAUCAAGUUCGGAAAAUACUUGGCGUCAUCGUUUGUUUAUCCAGAUCGACAAGGGUUCUGGCUGCAGCAUAACCCGAAAAACAACCUUUUGACUCUGCUGGCUGUCAACCGUCAGGUCUAUAACGAGGCACGACGGGUACUCUACGGCCUCAAUUCUUUCAUCUUCCAAGCGCCAGAUACGAUCCCGGUAUUCCUGAUCGGUAUCGGGCAGGAGAAUGCGGAGCUUCUGCAAUCAGUACGAUGGAUGAGUGGGCCGCAGCAUUGCGAGAACCAGAUUGAUUCUAUUCAGCGAUACCUGACGCAGUCAGAAGAAGAACAUAUCUGGAAUGAUGAGAAGUCAUAUCUGAGCUUCUUAGCAAUGCUCAUUAACAAAUCUCCUGAUUAUGUGACUGCUUACCAUAAUCAUCGUUUAGUGCGGUUAGACACAGACUGUACACCAUUGCGUAGCUAUCGAGUACGCUAUCGCAUGCAUGCAAUCUUUGGAGAAACUAAUGGAGAGGUCAGCAAAAUGAUAGGUACAGAGGGGACUAUAUCUUUCGAAUUGUACAAGUGCCCUAGGCGAUAUGAUUGGAACACAUAUCAAUAUACCACAGAUAGUGAUAUAGCCUUGAGACACGAGAGAUACGACAAUGGCCCCUAA